AUGCCAACGUGUCCCAGCUACUUUUUCAUCUCUCGUUAUAUAGCUUAUCGCAGAAUGCCAAGUGCAAGAACGAAGGAGAGAACAAAGCCAGCGGACUCAUCUGGCAUGGAUUCUUAUUUGAAGAAAAUGUUUGACAUUUUCGCGCUUCAAGAUAAUAAAUGUUUGAUGACUCAUCUAGACAACCCAAAACAACUUACCGAUUCAUUGAAAUCUUGUUUGAUAAAUCGUCAGCUAGUGCCAACUAGGCCUUCAAGAUCCUUACCCCCAGUCCAACACGGUUCAGAAUGUAGGCAGGUCUGCACAGUGGAAAACGAUGAUUCAACCACUGCAGUAGCAGUUCCAGUGAGUUUAGCGGAAGAAGUCGAUUUGUGGGACGCUGCAGUCCUGGAUUAUUUUAUGGAGGUUGUCUUUUGGUCCGUACAUGAGUGGGUAACAAUCACGAACUCGACCGUGUUCAAAGAUACUGUGGCUACUCAGAUUGAUGAAGCCGAUGUUGAAGCCGCAAGCUUAUGCGUUGCAAUGACCAUGGCACAUCUCAUGCUGAGUCACUUGCAACUUCUGCACAAAAAUCCUUUAAAAAUAUCAAAAGACCGAAAUGAGGAUUGCCCUAAUGGAUUCAAUCAAUCUGAGAAUAUGAUCGCAAGCAUUCGCUUCAUCAAAUCGCUCUUCCAAUGUAAUCGAGAUACGAGAUACAUGUCGAAUCCAAACGAAACCAAUAAAUCGGAUGAUGAGAAAAUAUUGCAUGAUUUUGAAUCAAAGUAUUUUGGUAUCUUGUCCAUCCUGACUUCAAAAGCCGCAUCAUCAUUAGUGCAGUUUUUCACAAAGCACUUUCUUCAGAUUUAUAGGCUUCUGCGAAACACGUUUGGUAUGGGACACGGAAGGAAACAAGAAGUGGUUGGCGUGCCUUGCGAACUAAUUCUCGAAACCCUACCACAACAGUUUGACUGCAUAGAAUCCAAAUGGCCUCCACCGCUUUCGGAAGCAAUACCGCUGCAGUUAGCUUUCAACUACGCACAUAUCUUUCCCGAACCUGUUACGCGAUGGCUAUGUUGUUUACCGAGUGAACCGGAACAUGUCGCGACUGAAGUUUCCACUCCAAAAGAGGAAGCAUUAGAACCGCCACAGACUGAAAUUCAAGAGCCUGUUUCAGAAGACAUGACGAGGUACUUGACUCUUCUGGACCAGCUGGACACUGAAGAGAUGGAACUGGUUGCAGGACUUAACGCGGCUGAUGUUGAGGAAGCAGUGAGCACUUUUGUGACAGAAUAUGUGCACGAGAAACUUGACAGUCACACCAAAGAAAUGGACAACAUUUUAAAGGAUCAACAACUACGUCUGGCAAAUUACCUUAUACAGGCAGCUGGUGAAAAAAUAUAUAAAAUCAAACUAAAGCAAGAAUAAUGUUAUUUGUGAAAGCAUUUUACAUUCCAAAUCGAAAUGCUAC